AAGAAAACUGACACUACGGUGGCCAGAGUCCUCGUGUCCCUCGCGGACAUGGCGGUGCUCUCUGCGUCUCAUGUUACAGGGGACACCGCCGCAGAUUCGUCCAAGCUUUACUGUUCACGACAUAGUUAACCAUGUCCUAUUGUUUAAAAUUUGAGAAGGAAAUCAAAUAUAUGGGACAAUAUCCUUAACUGGGGUUACGAAAAACGGGGACACCUGUGACACUUUUCCCAAGUACGCAGCCUUGAGCUCAAGAAUAUUUGUAAUCUAUUUACAGCAGCCGCUGACUAAGACGAACUGCGCUCGACGAGACAUGAUCCCAACGCGAAGCUGCACUCUCCAAGACUGGGUUUUAUUUUAAAAUAACACUACCAUAUUUCGAUUUUCAAAAUGAAUCGUGCUUUGAAAGGGGAACGUGAGGGGGCAGAGCCAGAGAUGGAGGAAAUGCAGGACGUGGUGGGGUCAGGAAUAAUGGACAUCGACGACGAAGAGGAGAUUGAGGAACUUCAUAAAAGUUUAAAGGAAGUUGUGCAAGAUCCAUCAGUGAAGCCUAAACUCCAGUGCCUGAUGGUGGACCCGUCGUUCUCCAUGGUGACGGUACAGAGUGAGGACAGUGGGAUAGUAUGGGAGACUGCUUCCAGUAGAUGCUCAACUCCAUGGGCUUCAGAGGGAAGCUCACCGUCUGAACAGUACAGCCUGGAAGGUUCUGGAACACAGGGGAAUAUUGUGAUCAUAAUGGAUGAAGACAGAAUUAAGAGGAAAAAGACAAGCAGCAGAGGCAAGCUGGCUGACCGAUUUAAAAAGUCAAGCAUCAGACUACCAAAAAGUCGGAUAGGUGAGGAAAGACCUGCAAUGACUGAGGUGUCUCUGCCGAAUAUCAGAUCUGAAAACAAUGAGGAUGGUCAGUCUGCUGCAAGCAAGGAUCAAGAUCUUUUUAGUUUAAUAUCAGAAGGUUUCGAAAUACUCAAUAUUGUUGUACCUUCAAAGCUUGCUACAGUAGAUGAGGAAGAUAGCGGUGAACUGGUGGAGAAUUUGACCUACUUGGAUGAUACCCCAAAGAUAAAAUCCAAAUAUAAGCAUGAACCUGUUGCUACAAACAGUUGUCCUGUGAACACAGAGACAGACAUUGAGGAAAUAAAGCUAAAAGAAAGUUUGAAGGAAUCGUCCCAGGUCUCUGCUGAGAAGCAACCAAAGAAGGAUGAAACUCAUAUGGACUAUCUUGAAAAAUUCACAUUGUUAGAUGAGCAGGCGCCUAGUGAUAGCACUACACUGACAGAAAAACCUGUACCAGAAGUUACUGUCCAGCCAGAGGAACAUCAGGUGACUCAGAAAGAACCAAAAGCAGAUGAAGCCAUUGAUGAGGAUUCUUUUGUAAUUAUCAGUGAUGUUGACAUUGCAGGUGAACAUCUUGAUGAAGUGUUCUAUGGAAAUAAGUUCAAUGCAGAGCCUGUGGUUCCCCAUGAGUAUGAGGACCGAAAUGGAAGAACGGCAAAAGAGAUCUCUAAAACUCUGAAAGUGAGUGGAUCGGUCUUAUUUGGAAGUCAGGAAUGUAUCCUCACACCUGUAUAUCUCCCCACCGGACCACCAAAGAUCAUAGAUCAAGUUCUUCUUGAGGAGCCACGAGCAAUGUCCUUCCAUUACUCAGACCUUUAUGAGGACGCAUUAGGAGACCGAAAGAAAGAAGACGACUUCUCAGAUACAGAGAGUGUCGUUUCCGAAAGGUCUUUCAAAAGGCGAUACUCUGAUUCUGACGACGGAGAUGGUUAUCUGGAGAAAUUUAUACUGAAGGAUGAAAGCCCAGUGGUUGCUGAUGUGCCUAAGGCUAAAGAGCAGGAAGGUGGGGGAAAAUUUGCAUGGUCACAAAGUAAAUUCGAACUCACUGGAUGUUUAGAAAGAGCACAAGAAGAAAAUGGUGAAGUAACUGCCGAACAACCAUGUGUGCAGGAUAAAAAUGAAAGUGAAGUGCAGUGUGAGUCCACAGGGUGUUGUUCAGAGGGGCACUGUGCUCCAAGAAUCCACCCAGAGAUGGAAAAGAUCAUAAGAAGAAAGGUCACAUCAGACGACCUGGUUUCGAAGCAUAGUAGGAUGGAUGAAAAGCAAUGUGAUGUCACUGUCAUUAUCAAGGACAGUAUCACAAAAACAAGUGACACUGAUGACACGCGACCUCAUGAAGUCCUUGAGCCAGAAAGCAAAACCACAAAUAAAGAAGAACACAGUGAACAAGAACAAAUAAGUCAGACCCAGAAUGCUCAUAUUCAAGUGUCUGGGGGUUUAACGCAUGAAGAUGUUAUUAAAGCUAAAGAUAAAUUUGAAAUUCUGCCUGAAACAAAGAGCUCAGAGAAAAUCCAGGCUGAUGCACCACAUGCAGUUGAAAACAUUAGUGUUUCUGAGACCAGUGCGGAUAAACGUCACCAAGCAGCUGAUGUCAUUCAGGAAACAAGUAUUACUGCUAAAAAUGACAAAGGGAAGACUAGUAUAUCCAAGACACAAGACAAAAUUAUAGAGCCAAAUAUAACUCAAAGGAUUGAUAAAGACAUAGUAAAACGAGAACCACCAGAAAUAUUUUCUCAGGAGAUUAUCAGUAUCAAAGAACCUCUGUUAGAUAAAAAAGAACCUCCUAAAACUGAAGAACCUUUGAAAGCAGAGGUCAAGCCUUCAGGAGAGACUGAAACAAGCACAACAGAUGCUACUAAAACUGAACAUUCUGAAUCUAAAGCCUUAGAAAUCGACAUCCGUGAGAAUGGAGAAAUACUUGCUGUAGUUGAGGAUAAAGUGAGUGAAGGAUUAAUACCCAAGAAGGAGGAACAAAAGCAAGUACUUGACAGAAUUGGUGCAGCAGAAGAGGUUGAGGCCCGUGUCGGUACAGCAGAAGUGUUAACAGAACUUGAAAUGAAGCCAGAGUCUGAAAUUACAUCAGUUCGGAGAGCUUCAGAAAAAUCACAUUCGUGUGAAACAGAUACAGCAAACGCUGAGCUUCAGACUAAACCUGAGAUUACAAGUGAGGAGAAAACAUAUCCAGAAUUACAAAAUGAAUUCAGUGCAAAAAACGAGAAAGCCAAAGCGGACACAGGUACAGAUGAGGCACCCGUGGUAAAACAAAGGUUGGAAAAGCAAAAGGGACAUAUUGAUGUACCUGAGAUUGAACCUGGGGUUGCAGAAAAACACGAGAAAGUUGAGGAAAUUAAGGUAGAUGUUACAGAGGAAGCAGAUCAUAAAGUCGGCACCACAAAAGAGCCAGUUCAGAAUGAGAUACCUGCUGAGAAAAGAGUGACAACAGAGAUUAAAGAAAUAAUUGAUUCAAGCCAAGAGUAUAGCUUAUUGUUAGCUAAUGACAUGAAGGCAUCUGCUCGAGAAAGCAUAGAGCUGAUGAGAGUAACAGAAGAUGUAAACGACUUAUUAAAAGUAAAAAUGUCACCUGUUGAACCAACAAAGGAGGCACAGGUAGAAGAACAUAGUGAAAUAAAUGACGUGGCCAUAUUAACCAGAGAGAUCCCAGUGAAAGAAUCAUCCCUUGGUAGGACAGAUAUUGAGAGCAAGAUGUUACCUCUAACCUCAACAGAAACUUCAGAGGAAGGAAAGAAAUCACAAAUGUAUGAUGCACAGAUUGAAGAUAUAACAUACCUACCAGAACCCAUUUCACCUCCUCCUCCAGUUGAGGAGAACGAUACCUCAGCAAUGAGAGUUUCACCUUUAGAGCCAAAGGAUAGUGUGAAAGUUUAUGAAGAUAUACAAAGAGGAGGACGCCUAAGUAGGAAUAAAAAUGUCUUCUCACAAUUGCGAAGUUUUACCCCUCAGGAGGACCUGUCGGCCUUGAGCUGCGACCAAGAUUUGCAGCAGGAAAUUGCAGAGGAUCUUGAUUUUGAGAUGGUCACUGAACAAGAGGCAAGACAAUCUAAACAAGCUAUAGCUGAGGAUGGGCACCAUGUACAAGUCGGACUGUCAGAUCAAACCCUGGAAACUGGCUUUGAAUUUCUUGAGGGCUUAGAUAGUGCCCAGAUGGCAGAAUAUGAACAAAAGGAACUUGAAAUUCAACCAAUGGAUGCAUUCUGCCUUGUUUGUCGUUGCCCAGUACUGUUGAGUGAGGCCGAGCAUCAAAACCAUGAGAUGGCCUCUUUGGAUGAGGCCUUUGACAGUAUUAAGAAUCAGCUGAGUGAACUGAUAUCAGUUUUACAAGGAAGAUCAGAGAACAUUGAAGACUUUGUAUCUGAGCUUGAGCUGGCAUACAACACAGUGGAGGAGAACUUUAAUGAUUGUGAGAAGAUCAUAAAGGAGCACAAUGAGGAGGUGGUGAAGCUGUUGAUGGAUCAGUAUAAUGAGAUGUCUCAGGCCAUGGAGGAGGAGAAAAAGGCCAAACUGGAGCAGCUGUACGACCAGAUUGUCUCAUUCCAGGAGAAUAUCGACAAGGCCAAGGAGACUAUGGAGAUGACAGCUAAGGAGGAGGAAGAGACAGACCCGCUUAAGUUUCUUUCUUCAUCAAAAGAUAUCAAUGUGAGGCUGAAUACAGCUUUGGAAUCCACCAUGUCACUAGAACUUGGUCCACGAGGGCUGCUGGUUUUUGAGGAUUAUGCCAAGGGCAAAUCAGGCAAUGGGAGGAAAAACAGACAAGCCAUUCCAGUGCCUCAAAAACCGCAUCUUCAGCCUCAACAGGCCAGUUCUGCAACCAGCACUUCUGUUACUGUGUAUUGGAAAGUCAAUGAGGAUGACAUUAUUGACUGCUUCCAAGUCUACUGCAUGGAAGAGCCACAAGGAGCGAUCUCAGAGGAAUACAGGGUGACUGUGAAGGAGAGCUACUGUAAUCUAGAAGAGCUGGAACCGGAUAAGUGUUAUAAAGUGUGGGUGAUGGCGGUGAACUACACAGGCUGCAGCAUGCCGAGUGAGAGACUACCCUUCAGAACCGCUCCUUCUGUCCCGGUGAUCCAGACAGAACAGUGCACAGUGCUGUGGGACACGGCCACGCUGCGUUGGAGCGCCGUUCAGCCCAGCGCUGUGGACAGCUUCACACUGGAGUACUGCCGCCAAUACGCAUGUGAGAGAGAGGGACUGAGAUCCAUAUCUGGGAUAAAAGGCUAUGAGCAGAGGGUCCUCCUUCAGCCCAAUGAAAAUUACCUCUUCUACAUCAAAUCUGUGAAUGCUGGAGGGGCCAGUGAGCAGAGCGAGGCGGCCCUUAUCUCAACCAGAGGUACAAGGUUACACUUCCUCAGCGAAACAGCAAACUCAGUGCUGAAGGUGUCAGAGGACACGAACUCAGUAGAGUACCCACAUGACGUCUACAAUGAAAUGUCUUCUAUCAUAGAAUGUCCAGCUGUUAUGGCUGAGCUUUUACCUUCUCUUGGACAUUACUACUGGGAGACGGAGGUGUCAAAGUGCAAAGCCUACCGCAUUGGCAUUGCAUAUCCAAAUGUAUCACAAACCAGCAGACUGGGGGAGAACAGUGCCUCCUGGUGUCUGCAUUGUGUACCUACAUCUAUAAGCUGCAGAUUUGAACUGCUUCAUGACCGUGUGGAGUCUGACAUCUUUGUCAUGGACAUACCUGCGCGGAUUGGCACUCUGUUGGACUACAGUCAGGGUCAGCUGUUCUUCUUCAAUGCUCAGAACGGCCAGCUCUUGGGCACUUUUCGGCACACCUUCACUCAGCCUUGCCACCCUGUGUUUGUCCUGGAGCAGCCGGGUAAUCUAGAACUAAAAAUGACCAUGGAGGUGCCGGAGUUUGUUAAGCACUGCUAGUUUACAUGACUGAAGUCUCAGAACUCUGGGCUUGCUUGUGUGACAGGAUAUGAAUCAAGUGAUUCUUUCUUAAUAGUAAUAAAUUGAAACCAUAUUGUGCUGUGACCUGAAGAAUUGCUCAGUUGUAUGGUAUGACUGAAGAGAUUAUGAGGAUAUUUAGUUAGGGUGACCAUAUGUCCUCUUUUUCCCGGACAUAACCUGGCAACGGUUUUCUAAUUUACCAAAAAAUGUCUUGGAUUGGGCUUUGUUUUCCUGUUGUUUUUAUACUCGCUGAAGGUAAUGACCAACAGAGUGCAGGCAGUGUGCAUAAUCGACCAAUCAUGGCAUGCGUGAAGGUGGGAUCUACAGAGAACGUUCAAAGCAAUGUAUGAAGACCGCAGAGAGCACUUCCAUAGGAAAACAAGCCAAAACCCAGACAUUUUAGGCAAUUUAGAAAUCCUGGACAGGACAUGUCCAGGAAAAAGGACAUAUGGUCACCCUAAUUUAGUUUUGUGGAAAGAAGGAUUGUUUUUGAAGCUGUGCUUUUAAACCCCUCCAGAAACAAGUUUUUUUUUUUUUGUUUUGGAGCUGUUGCGUUGUUUUUGUGUAUAUAUAUGAAACAGAAAGUGCACGCGACCAGUAUUGUUGCUUUGUUGCUUAUUACAGUAUGUGACGAUCCCCUGGAUCACGUGAUGUGCAGACAUUCACAUUCAGAGUCAGUGUAUUUAUUUUGGAAACUACAGGCUUCCGGGUUGUUUGAAUAAAACAGAUGUUGCUAAUAAUGCUGUCAUAGCUAAAUGGAGACACGUGUUUUGAGAUGAUGGGCAAGGCUUCACAAAUGAGUGAUGAAAAUAUUUAUUUUUCUGUGGUUAACUAUAUUUACAUGAUUUGGUAGGAAAAGGUUAUUUCACCAUUUCCAUUUCAAAUUGUUGGUGGUCUGGAUCUUACUUAAUCACGAACUAAGCAAAAGGAAAUGAACAGUUAAGAGAUUUUAGUUUUCACUUCCAAUGGAUCAUCACAGUAUCACGUACAUAUAUAUAUUUUUUCUUUUCUGCCAUGAAAGCUUCUCUGUAUGACAGUCAAAAUCAGUUAAAAUCACUUGCACAAUAGAAAACACAUUUAAAUUCUAUUUAUUGUCUAAUGGCCACAUAUUGUAUGGAUAGUAUUUAAUUUUCAAGUUGUUUGGUCUCUGUUUUGUAAAAUCAUUCUUUUAAAUGUUUCUGUUGUCUAAUCGUUUGGUAGUGAUAUGAAUUAGUCUACUUGUAUAUUUAUUUGUAUUUCUGGAAACGACUGGACUGAAUUAAAAUGUGAACAAAUGCUUCUGAAUA